CUGAAUGGAACAUCCUGGAAUGGUUUGGCACUAGGAAAAGCCGAAUGGCUCUCAACCAUUGCUCUCCUCUGACAACAUCACAGGGGGUAACAGUAUUGCACACAGUGACGAAGUUCAGAAGUCGGAUUGUAUGUUACUACGAAUGCCGUUCGAGACUUUUGACGUUUCCCUUCAGGCCCAAACAUACGUUUUCGGGUAAUAUAUUUUAGUUUGAAAUAAGAUAAAAAACUUUGGAUAACUCUCAAGCAACUUUUACUUUUGGAAUGCUUCCUAAGUCUACAUAUAAAGGAGAUCAUAGAGUCAGGGCAAUCUCUGUGCAUUCACACUUGAAGACAUGUUGCGGGCCCAGGCGGAUUUAAAAACACUGCUACCGAUUAUCCUACUGUUAGACUGCCUCUGGGCUUUGGACCUCAAGACCACGAGAUGGCCACUCUUCCCUCAAAAGCCAGUGCUUCUGGCCUGGAACGCACCCACAGAGGACUGUGCCCCACGCCACGGCGUCCAUUUUCAGUUGGGUCAGUUCCAGAUUGUUGCCUCACCUAAUGAGGCUUUUGUCAAACAGAACCUAACCAUCUUCUAUAAAGACCGCCUGGGCUUGUAUCCAUACUACCAGGAAGAUGGUACUGCAGUGAAUGGUGGGCUGCCCCAGGUAGCCAGUCUCAAAGAGCACCUGGAUAAGAUGCCAGAAGGUGUGCAGAAGUACAUUCGCGAGAAACAAGCAAUGGGCCUAGCUGUCAUUGACUGGGAAGAGUGGCGCCCACUCUGGAUACGGAACUGGGAAAACAAAGAUGUGUACCGCAGUCGCUCCCGCCAGCUUUUGGUCCAAAAGAACCCCGCCUCGCCCACAGAAGAGGUGGGGCGGGCGGCUCUGAAGGAGUUUGAGAUGUCCGCCCACAGUUUCAUGCUGGAGACCCUGAAGCUGGCCAAAUCCCUGAGGCCCAACCAGCUGUGGGGCUUUUACCUGUUCCCUGACUGCUACAACCACGACUACAGGCGCACUUUGGAGAACUACACCGGCCGCUGCCCAGACGUGGAGGAGGUUCGCAACGACAGGCUGAAUUGGCUGUGGACGGAGAGCACGGCCCUCUUCCCCUCCAUCUAUAUGAGCUCCGUGCUCAAGUCCUCCGCCUCCGGGAGGCAGUUUGUCCGGAACCGCGUGAAAGAGGGCAUGCGUCUGGCGUCAUCUGGAGAUGGCCUGGCGCGGCCUGUUUUUGUUUACGCACGGCCCACCUACUCCAACUCUUUGGAGCUGUUGACGGAGACAGAUCUGGUGUCCACUAUCGGGGAGAGUGUGGCGUUGGGAGCGGCCGGUGUCAUCCUGUGGGGAGAGGCAACGUACGCAAGCAGUAAAGUCAGCUGCUCCAGCCUGAAUGAUUAUUUGCGCGGUCAGUUGGGGGAAUAUUUGCUCAACGUCUCCACGGCAGCAGAGUUAUGCAGCCAGGCCCUGUGUGCCUCUCGGGGCCGUUGCCAGCGCCGAGUGCCGGACGCCGACGUCUACCUGCACCUCGACCCGCUCUCUCACUCCAUCGCCGCUCAGGGCAGGAAGCUGGCCGUCACCGGUGAGCUCGGCGACGCAGAGAGGAGCGCGUUCCAGGAGAAUUUCCAGUGCCGCUGUUACAAAGGUUACCACGGUGAUGGGUGUAAUCAACAGAAGGGGGCGGCCCGGGCAACCGUGGCGUCGGCGGUGGUGCUGGUGACCCCCCUGCUUCUCGCCACUCUCCUUCUCGGCUAACCGUGCAUUGCAGUAUUUUUAGCGUAUGCCAAAUUGUAGACGUACACGAUGAAGGGCUUGUGUUUGCUCUACAUUGAAGUGGGGGAUGGGGAUGCAGGGAGGGACAUGGGAGGGAAAUUGUCGACAUGAGAGUCGAAGCUGUCUGUACUUUUUAAAUAUACUUCAUGAGAUCGAGAGCUUGCUGGAAAGGAUUUGUGUUUACAUUUUGCUCUCCCUUGCCACUUGCAUCAUAAGUGGAUUAUAAUCAUGGGCUCCCGUUCCCUUGAUUUUUCCCAGGGGAAAUGUAAUGUGAUUGGAGUAACUGAUAGGCUAAUGUGAUUCUGAUAUGAACAUAUAUUUGUAUUGUGCAUCUGAUCAAUAGGUAGAUGUAAGAGUGUUGCACUUAGCUCUGGUAUCGGCACAAGAUGGCUCUAGUGGGCCUUAUCCAAAGACUUUUCACUGGCAUCAAAACUGUGUAUGGAAGCCUAUGCAUUAAUAUUUAUUUGAAUGUAUUUUCAGUAUCUCAUUAAUUGUCCUUAAUAUUUUACAGAACAUGACUACUACACAAAAAAAUUCACAAAUGUCUGACUUCUAGUUCAACAGCACUUUUAUUGUAAAUGCAGAGCCAGAGGCCGUUCAUGUUUUACUUUCCUUUACCAGCGAAGAUCAAAUGUAGAAUACCCUGAGAUGAUCAUUACAAUUGCAUUAGGGCUUCUCCCUCCCAAGUAUUUUCUUUUAAUACAUGUUUUGAUAAGGAAAAUAAAUAUUUCGUUUUUA